CAAGUCAUUCACACCUCGGAAAAAGAUAGUGUCACGUUAAGUGGAUGGGAAGAUCCAUCAAAUAUAGACAGUUAUAAAUUAAAACAGAUUUGGAGAAUCUGGAAAUUUCCUUAAAUGCAUUCCUUUCCUUUCCCGCCUCCAAAAAUGUUUCCCACGUUCUUAUAUAUUUCCACUACUUGAACGCUUUCAUCUCAACAGAAGGAAAAAGAUUUUAUUAGUACACAAGUUAAAAAACAUGUCGUCAUAUUAUCCUAAGUUGAUUCUCUUCCUAUGGCGGCUAAUGGUUUUUCUGGCCGUGGACUGCGGCGGUGCUUCCACUAAAACAGCCAGACUAGCGGAGUUUUACGAUAACUACACGACGGUGCGGGUCGAUCCAGCGGGGCGUGGGGAUUUCCGAACGAUCCAGUCCGCCAUUGAUGCAGUGCCGCCGGCUAACAAAGAUUGGAUCUGCAUUUACGUCAAAGCAGGCACUUACAUGUUCGGUACCAUUUUUUGUCAUUUUUUUUUCACAUUUAACUCAAGCCGAAAACGGACCAGAUUGUUCAAGCUUUGAUUUAUGAAUUGAGUCUUACGUGUUUCUAAUUAGAUGGUUGGAAAUGGAAGUGCCAUAAGGUCCAUAAAUACGAACCAAGACGUAUCAGAACAAAAAAUAACUCAAUUGACACAAAUCUUUGGAAGGAAUACAUCAAAUUCGUGUCAAAUUCCAUGUCGAGCUAGUGAUGUCAUGUUUUUAGUAUAGUAAUUUGAACUUUAUUUGUUUUAAAAUGUUCAAUCGAGUCCAUGAUUAAUGUAAAUCAUUUUCUUGACUUAAUCAGUUGAAGCUUUUAUGGAAAAACAAUAUUCUGUAGAAAAUUUGCUAAUCCUGGCCUAUUACCUUUUGUGGAAAUGUGAAGUAUUAGCGUUGCCUAUAAUAGAUAUUUUGCUUCUAUGUAUAUACGAACGUUUUAGAUUUGAAGUAUAAUUGAGAUUGAGAUGUUAUUGUAUGUUCUCGGAUCACGCUAAUAACUCCUCCUACACCACGAUGGCACGAUGGAACCUCGCUUAAGCCAGUAAGUAUAACCGUCCUAAUAGUGGCGGAGACAUAGAUCCAGAGUGGCUCGUGAGUCGUGAGUCGGGAGGUCUUAACCAGUCGAAGAAAAAAGUCUUGGCCUAUAAAAUGAAAAAUAUAGGUGCAAAAAAAGUCUUAACGCAUAAAAUGAAAAAUAUUUACGUUUGCACUUUUCUGUUACCCGCACGUCUUUACCCUUACAAAAUUUGUCAUUUUUACAAAUGUGAAAAAGUGCACCGCAACGACGCAAAAGUGAAUAUUUCGCAUUUUACACCUUAACGAUCUCUUUUAUUGGGAUCGAAUAAAAGAGUGUUUAAUGUGUAAAAUCAUUCAUACUCACAUUUACCUAUGUUCCUUGCAUUUUAUGUGCAAUGUAAUGUAUUUGUAUGUUUUGCCAAAAAAGUCACUCAUUUACAAACAUGUUGAUUUUUUUUGAAGGAUAAAAUCCAAACUUUAUUAAUUAAUCAAACCAAUAGUUCGUAGUUACAAUCAGCCAAUAACUCAAACUCCAACUCUCUUCUAAGAAAUCCUAAGAAAUCCUACGAUCAGAUUAUGAGACGGCCAACUCCAAACGAGCAACAUAGAGUUCUUCUUGACCCUUAAAGUCAUCGUACUCUUUACUACAUCAACAAACUCAAAAUAACUGAAAAGUCGCUUCAGUCCCUGUUCAGACAUAGAACUGUUCAUCCAGAACAGAGCGAAACUUUUUGUUGAACAUAUGAGAGCUUCGAGACAAAUAACGGUCAUAAGCACCUCAAAAAACAUCACUAACACAAAUAAUCCAAAAAUAAAGUAAAAAAUCUAAAGAAACACAAAUUGAGUUGAAAAUGAAUAUAGUGCAAUAAACCGUGUGCGACCAAAACCAAAGUUGAAGUGGUGUCUUCCAAACCCUAGCCACAUGAUCCCUCCAUGGCGGUGGAUCGAUAAUACUGCAUCUUCUUCAUCAUCAUGCUUCUUGUUUAUCACAUUUUCUGCCAUGGCUUCACUUUCGACACCAAAAGCAUUACACCAUAUACCAAUCACAUGGUGAUAUUUUUUAUAUUUGUUUGUACUAAUUAUUUUGAUUUGGGUAUCUGUUGCGCCGAUGCAUGGAUGGGUAAAUAUAGAGAGCAGGUCACAAUUCCUCCGGAGAAGUCCUUCAUUUACCUCAAGGGAGAAGGGAAAAGGAAAACAAAUGUGAUGUGGGACUCUCAUGACACCAUUCAAAGUGCUACUUUUUCAACCUAUGCAGACAAUAUCAUUGUCAAAAGCAUGACAUUCAUAAACUCAUAUAACUUCCCGCCGGAAAACACCACGCAUCCAAGGAAGGUGGCUGUGGCGGCUUUGGUGAUGGGUGACAACACGGCGUUUUAUAGGUGUGGUUUUAAAGGGUGGCAAGAUACCCUAUGGGAUGUUCAAGGCCAUCACUAUUUCAAGCUUUGCACCAUUAACGGAGCAGUUGACUUCAUCUUUGGUAAUGCUAAAUCUAUUUUCGAGAAAUGUUCUAUAGCAGUGAAUGCAGAAAGGCUAGAAUCAGGACUAGUGGGCUACAUCACAGCACAGGGAAGGGAUAAUCCUGAAGAUGAGAGCGCAUUUGUUUUCAAGGAGUGUCGUGUGUUUGGAACUGGAAAAGCCUUCUUGGGAAGGCCAUGGAGGGCCUAUGCAAGAGUCAUUUUCUACAACACUUUUAUGGAAAAUAUCAUUGUUCCUGAAGGAUGGACCAAUUCCCUUGGUUUCAAUGUCAAUUUGGAUAAGUUGACCUUUGAGGAGCAUGGGUGUAGUGGACCCGGGUCAGACAAGUCAAAACGAGUUGAGUGGAUUGCCAAAAUGAGCGCGGAAGAAUUACUGAGUUUCACAAGUUUAUCAUUCAUCAACAAUCAGGGAUGGCUUUACAGGCAACCCCUAAGCAGGCUCUUGGAGUGAUAUUUUAUUGAUUAAUAGACUUUAAUAUAGAGUCCACAGUACGUCCUUUGUCUAAAUUUGUUGUAGACUCUAGAUAUAUACUUUCUCUACUACAUUCUUUAAUUUUCUGUAUAAUUUCGGGGGG